GAGUGCAGGAAAGACAUGAGUCUUUCACUCUGCGAAUGUGUGUUUCACUUUAACUUUUCUCCCUCAGAUUCUCUUUCUCUAUUCUCUCUCACAAGUUUGUGUCUACGGUUACCAAAUAACAAUGGUGAUAUCAUCAGUUCAUCAUUAAGUUUGAUGGCAACAACAAUGGAAGCAGCUCAAUUUCGAGCAGGAUUUAUCGUAAUAUUUUUCAAAAGACCAGGCAUGGGUUCUAAUGUGUUUCAACCAUGCUUGGCAACACAUGGAGGACACCCGACGACAGAAAAUCUAUCGCGGAUGCAUCAAAAUAUUUUUGAACUACCAGCGAUGGAUUCUUAUAAUGUUUUCGGGGCCUUAGAAGAGGCCAAUCCUCCCCAACCGCAUGUUGAAGAAUUUCAACCACAAGUGACGAAGCAUCUGAAAGAAAUAGUCCUCCAAGCGGUGAGGGAACUAAAACUGCUGUGCCAGCCAUUGGUGCCACAAAAUCAAGAGGGAAACAAUGUAAUCACUGACGUUGUGCCGAUUUCGUUUCGGAUGAUGCAGACGACUAAUCCGAAACGAAGCAAGGAAAAACUAAUAGGGGAUAUCACAAGAUCUUUUACACUUCCUGUGCAACUUCUUGUUGGUCAUGAAGAUGACUAGAUAAUUUCCUGUGCCUGCAUCAUUGUUGGGUCAACUGACACCAGGUUUUAAAUACACGAAGCUAUAUCCUUUCACCGAGAAAUUAGAUAAUUGGACGGUUCUGUGUAAACAACGGGUCAAUGGAAAGCUCCACAUAGAAAGUAUUUCGUUCUCUGAGAUAGACAUCCUCAACUAAAGUCAUCCAUGCAUCAGGGUUUGUAUCGGAAAACUUGCGUAUUGCUAUUCUAACAUUAACUGCAAAUAUCAGUCGAAAGAAAUAGAAGGCAAGAAGAGAAGCCGCUUAUUUGCUCAAAUUUCUCACGACUACCAAGGAGAGAUGAAGAUUGCAAUAACCCAAGAUGAAGCACAAAACUUUCUUGAAGAAGCUCACAAAAAUCUCCAAAAUCUUUUCAAGAACGAAAAGCACGGCAAAAGCAGUUCGAAAGCAACAAGAUUACAAGAUUAGCUUGAUAUUGUAGUGAACCUUUGAUUUUUGUAAUAUAUGAUCAUUAACGCAACAUAUAUAUUUGUUAUAGGCCGAA